CGAUCACGUGCCAUGGAGGGGUCGAUUUGGCGGGGUCGACUUGACCCUCCAUGGCUACGUAGGAGGCUACAUCAGACUUGCAUCAGUGGAACUUUCCAUGCACCUCACAUCUCUUUGAGCCUCAACCGACUCACCAACGUCCGCCCUCAACAACAUCACAACACCCACAUACCUUCAAAUCUUCAGCAUAAACCUACCACCUCUCUCCUCAGCCUUUCUUCACCAUAGCUCCCCGCUCCCUCCCCCAUCUCGUGCGCCCCCUCCGCAGCAUGUCGACCCCCAGCGCCGCGCCCUGGCGCUCCCUCUUCCUCUCCCACCUCUCCCACAUGCCCUCUCCCGAAUUCGUGCUCGCAACCCUCCGUCCCAGCACCGAUGCCACAUCCGCCCCCACACCCCGCGCCCGCUACUGUAUCUUCCGCGGUCUCUGGGCCGAGCUCACGCCCGACACACGCAACCCCGCGCCGCCCAACCCGCGCGUCUACGAAAGCGACCUUCUCACACUCACGACCGACGUGCGCAUGAGCAAGAUCGAGGAGCUCGGGGCCGGCCCGCAGAGCGGCGGCGGGGCUAUCGUCGAGGCUGUCUUCUGGGCCCGCGAUGUCAUGGCUCAGUGGCGGUUCCGCGGCCCGGCGUACGUCGUGGGGCCGGAUAUCGAGAGCGGGAGCAGCGGCGCGACGAUGGUGCGCGAGCAGGUCGGGCGGCGGAUGAGGAUCGUGGGGGACGCAGAGGAGCAGGCGGGGUCUUGGAGCUGGGAGAGGGAACUCGCGGGCCAUUUCGGGAAUCUGAGUCCCACCAUGCGAGGCAGUUUCCGGAACCCGCCGCCGGGAGCGCGGGUGGAUGAGGUGCCGGCCGACGGCAGCGGGUUGAAGCUCGGGCAGAAGGUGACGGAUGUGGAUGAUGCGAUCGCGAGGCGGAAUUUCCGCGUCGUGGUGAUCAGGCCCGAUGAGGUCGAGCAGUUGGAUCUGACGGAUCCGGAGAGGGCGAGGAGGUGGAAGUACACGUGCGUCGGGCCGCGUGAUGAGUGGACGAAGGAGGAGCUGUGGCCGUGAAGCCGGGAAGACGGGACGACGGGACGACGGGAUGGGAAGGACGGUCGGCUAGAUACAUGGGGGUCGGCUAGAUACAGUAGAUGCGGUACGGGCCUGAGUUUCAGGCCCUGGAAUGCAACGGCGAUGGAUUCGAUGGAUGGGAUCGAUGAAGAACAAGCAUUAUUACCUUACCUUGAAGCAUAACAUAUCCCUAAUAAUAUUCCUUGUACCU